UAAUAAUGGAAAAGUAUUCUGAAGAUAAAGAACAUUUAUAUAUGGUAGCUCAUUUAAUACCCGAUGCACCUGAAGUAGACAAUUCAUAAGAUAGUAGAUUAAACUUCAUAAAAAAUGUUUGUUAAUAUAAUAUUAUAAAUAAUAGGUGUAUAUUUGCUUUAGCCUUUAACAAUUUUUUUUGCUUUUAGCUCCAAAUGUUUCAAUUAAAUAUUCUUUUUGUUGGCUUACAGAAUAAAUUUGGGCUUUUUUGAUAGCUAUUUUUAUUGCCAUAAGCAUAAUUUGCUAUAUUUAAUGUGAGAAGAUUUAGGCAAGAAAAUCUCCAUAAAAAUAUAUUAUAUUAUUCCUUUUUACUUUAGUUGAAAGCUAUGCAAUUUCUGCAAUCUCUUGCUUUAUUGUUUAAAAAUUAGAAGUUGGAUGUAAUUCAUUAUUCUAUUAAAUUAGACAAUUUUAUUUUCUUAACAUUUAAUAUUUAUAUUUUUGUGGUUUCAGGAUUAACUAUACUGAUUAUAAUUUAAAAAAAAUAUUUUGAUUUCUCUUCAAAGAAAGCUAUGAUAAUCCCUUUUAUUUUAACCUUGUUUUUUGCAUUGUUUGUUUUUAUUAUUGAUUAAACCACUCUAUAUCCAAUGCUUUUAAUAAUAAUCUAUAAUUUGUACAUAUAAUUUGAUCUACAUUUAAUGGUCGGGCACAAAAAGGUCAUUAUUUUUUAUAUAUAAUAGAGAUAUUAAUUAAGAUAAGAUGAUUUUUUACUUGGGGCCCUCGUUUUAAAUUUUGAUAUGGUGCCUUUUGUUUUGGAAUAAUUGAAAUAGACCAUUUUUUGCAAAAAAUGA